CCCACCAAACAAUGUCCCAAUCACAUCUUCACCAUUCUAAUCUCAUUUCAUUCAACUCUUGUUUCUCUAUCUCGAAAUGGAAUCUGAACAAGCCGCGACAGCUGCUAGUACCACCCGAUUGAGCCCUUUCAAGUACUCGAAUCGGGUGCUUUUGAAAACCAUCUUGGAUAGAAGGGAUGGUGGUUUGGAGUUGAUUGGUGAGAGGGUUGUGAUUGGAGGAUGGGUGAAGUCCUCCAAGGAGGUCAGGAAAGAGCCGGUGCCACAUAUUGCUGGUGAUUAUGUGUCGGGUGAACCUGAACCAAGGUCAGACGUCUGCUGCUGCAUCGAAAUUCUUCAGUCUCGGAUUCCUUUUUUACGAACAAUUGUUAAGGUCUUGGGAGGAGGAAGUGGCGGUCAUUAUCCACUUACGGAUAAGUUGGAAACAUCGAUUCAUACGUCCCCGCCGCCUUCCACUGUCGUCUUGCAAGUCGGCGAUGGUUCUUGCGUUGCAAACCUUCAGGUUGUUAUUGAAUCCUCCCUGACUCCCCCAUGCCAGCUCUUGCAUACUGGAACUUGCAUCAUAGUGGAAGGCUUGCUGCAGAAGUCUUGGGUACUACAAGGCAAAUACGUUAUCGAGCUGAAAGUGGAUAAACUUCAUCACAUCGGAACAGUAGAAUAUAGCAGUUAUCCAUUAUCGAAGAAACGCGUGCCUCUAGAUAAACUAAGGGAGUUUUGCCACAUUAGACCGCGGACAACUACGGUGCAAUCCGUCAUGCGAAUCCGCAAUGCCCUGGAGUUUGCAGCUCACACAUUUUGUCAAAACCAUGGUUUUCUUUCGGUGCAUGUACCCAUUAUAACAACUACAGACGGCAAAGGAUCCAGUGAAAAAUUCCAUGUCACUAGCCAUUUCGCAGCAGCAGGUGAAAAGGAGGAGCCUAAGAAAGCCGUUGUUGACAAUGUUAAAUCUUCUGAGGGUUACUUCUCUAGCCCAACUUAUCUAACCUCUUCUGGCCGGAUGCAUCUGGAGAGCUACGCUUGCGCCCUUGGAAAUGUGUACUCAUUCGGGCCACGAUUUCGAGCAGAGAAAGGAGAGUCCCCAAAACAUGCUGCAGAAAUGUGGAUAAUUGAAGUUGAAUUGGCAUUUUCAGAAUUAGAGGAAGCAAUCAACUGUGCAGGUGACUUUUUCAAGUCCCUCUGCAAAUGGGUAGUGGAAAAUUGUUCGGAAGAUAUGAAAUUCCUUUCUCAGCGAAUCGACAAAACCAGAACCGAACGUCUUCAGUCAAUGGUUUUGAGUACAUUUGAAAGAGUUUCCUACACUGAGGCUUUGGAUGCUUUAAAGAAGGUUACAGAAAAGAAAAAGGACACAAUGAUCGAGUGGGGUGCUGCACUAACUGAAGCGAAUCUAAGUUAUUUGGCUGAUGAAAUCUACAAGAAGCCUGUAAUUGUAUACAAUUAUCCAAAAGAAACCAAGCCAUUUUAUGUCCGGCUUAACGAUGAUGGAAAAACAGUUGCAGCAUUUGAUAUGGUUGUUCCAAAGGCUGGGAGGUUAAUUUCUGGUAGCCAAAAUGAGGAGCGCAUCAACAUUCUAACUACAAGGAUUAAAGAAUUGGGAUUGGCAGCACAGCAGUACGAAUGGUACUUGGAUCUUCGCCGGCAUGGAACCGUGAAGCACUCGGGAUUCAAUCUUGAGUUUGAUCAUAUGGUUCUGUUUGCCACUGGCCUGAAUGAUGUAAGGGAUGUCAUCCCCUUUCCCAGAAGCCGUGGCAAAGCUAGCUACUAGUCUACUUUGAGUACAAAAUAAGAUGUAAAGGACCCAAAUGGUGAAAAAUUGUAUACAUACAUUGAUGAAACAUAUGAUUUCAUACAUGUAAAUGAAUAAGGAGAUUUGUAAUUGGGAUG